AGCUGUGCAUCAAGGCAGUGACUUUCAUCGUUAUUUCUUAUAACUUCUGAUCCAUAUUUGAGGAACCUUUACUGAAUUUUUCUAUUUGACUGGGUGCACUGAUAUAUUUUUGCUCCCUGUGUUCAAUUAUUCACUUUUUUUCUUUGAACCUUGAGAGAAAAAUAAACCAGGAAGAAUCCAGUUAUAUGGGCUUCCAGAUUCAUCAAAACUGUGCUAUAAUCCCUUUUAAUUCCUUAUGGAGGAGGGAUCCAAACUCUGCUGAAGUCAACGUGAAUCUCUUGCUAACUCUUGUGUUACCUUACUGGUUAUUCUACCUUUGGCUCUAUAAGGAUGACUUUCAAUUUCACAUCCUUACAUCUGAUUUGAAGUGACGGUGAGAGGAAGCAUAAGGUAUCUCUCAUUCUGUUUGGACUCCUUGUUUACAGAAGAGUGAUGGAGAUGCUAUUAAGCACAAAAGGGAUCACCAUAUGCCUGUUUUUCUUUGUAUUGAGUUUGGCAGCAGCUAUUGAAAUACCAUUAUCAGUUGCACAGCUUCCAACAAUCACGGAGCAGUCUCACACCCAAGUUGCGUACCCUUUUGAUGAGGACUUUACGAUUAAAUGUGAAGCCCGAGGAAACCCACAGCCCACCUUCAACUGGACUAAAGAUGGAAAACCGUUUGAUUUAUUAUCUGACCCGAGGAUAGUUACAUCUAACAACUCUGGAACAUUUGUGAUUCAAAACCGUGGAAUCAUCACCAAUUUUCAAGGGAAAUAUCGUUGCUACGCAUCCAAUGUGCUGGGAACUGCCAUGUCAGAAGAAAUUGAGCUAAUUGUUCCAAGUGUACCAAAAUUCCCCAAAGAAAAAAUUGAGCCCCUUGAUGUGGAGCAUGGUGAUUCUGUGAUUUUGCACUGUAACCCCCCAAAAGGCAUCCCACCUUUGCAUAUCUAUUGGAUGAAUAUUGAUUUGCAGCACAUUCCGCAAGAUGAAAGGGUCUCCAUGAGCCUUAAGGGAGAUCUCUACUUUGCAAACGUGGAAGAAAAUGACAGUCGAAGUGAUUAUUGUUGCUUUGCAGCGUUUCCAAGACUGAGGACGAUUGUUCAGAAAAUGCCAAUGACGCUGAAGGUUUCCCGUUUUAAGCAUGCUAAUGACUCAGGCUCACCUAACGCUGCAGUUACUAAGGCAAAUUUCAUCAAGGAGAGAAAACCCAAACUGCUGAUCCCUCCUGAAUCUGCUGGCAGUAGCUCAUCAGUCACUGUCAUCAAGGGAGGUGUCCUGCUCCUCGAAUGUAUUGCUGAAGGGCUCCCAACUCCUCAUCUAAGCUGGGUCAAGCUCACUGGGAACUUGCCCAAGGACGAACCAGAAACAGAAAAUUUUGGGAAGAUAUUGAAGAUAGAGCAAGUGACUGCAGCCGAUGAAGGAACAUACCAGUGCACGGCAAGCAACCCCAUGGGGAGAGCCAAGCACGAGUUCCACGUUCACGUGGAAGAGCCUCCUCGGUGGAUAAAGGAGCCCGAAGGUGGUGUUUACAGUGUGGGGACAAAUCUUGUGCUGCUGUGUGAAGCCAUCGGCAACCCAGAGCCAACCAUUCAGUGGAAACUUAACGGGAUGCCCAUCGACAGUAGGACCUUCAGAGGGAGAAUCUCUGCCAGAGAGAUCAGCCUUACCAACCUUCAGCUCCACGACAGUGCUGUGUACCAGUGUGAGGCCAGCAACAAGCACGGCACCAUCCUCGCCAGCGCCAACGUGAAUGUCCUCAAUAUUGCUCCCUUAAUUCUGACCUCGGACGGUGAGAACUAUGCCACAGUUGUGGGUUACAGCGCCUUCCUGCACUGUGAAAUCUUUGCCUCGCCUGCAGCAGAUAUUAGAUGGACUAAGGAUGACAGCAUAGAGCCACUUUCAACGUUACGCUAUGAGCUAAAUAAGAAUGGCACCCUAGAGAUCAAACAAACAAAGAAAGAAGACUCAGGAUCGUAUGCUUGCUGGGCUGCAAACUCUGUUGGAAAAAGAGCAAUCACUGCUAAUCUGGAUAUAAGAGAUGCUACAAAACUUGUUGUUACUCCGAAGAACCCCCGAGUGUUGAAAUCACAUUCAAUUUUAUUGAAAUGUCAGUCUGAGUAUGAUUCACACUUGAAACACAGUUUUAAAUUAUCCUGGAGGAAAGAUGGAGAUGAGCUGCCAGUCAAGAGCACGGAAGAUGGCAGGAUAAUUCUGGACAGGGACACGCUGUUCAUCUCCAGCGUGACACUGGAGGAUCAAGGAGUUUACACGUGUGUGGCGAGCACUUCCCUGGACAGUGUCACAGCCGAAACACAGUUAAUCGUUCUCGACGUUCCUGAUCCACCAGAAGACCUUCAGCUCUCAGAAAAUCAAAACCGAAGUGUUCGACUAUCCUGGAAAGCUGGGGCCAGCCACAACAGCCCUGUUAAUGAGUCGAUUGUCGAGUUCGAAGAGAACCGUGGGGAGCCGGGGAGGUGGCAGGAGCUGAGCCGUGUCCCCGGGAAUGACACCACCACCCUUUUGUCACUGGCCCCCUACGUCAAUUACCAGUUCCGUGUGGUAUCUGUGAACGCUGUGGGAAGGAGCCAGCCCAGCAAACCCUCCCUGCGCUACGCAACGCCUCCGGCUGCUCCAGACAAGAACCCAGAAAACAUCCGAGUUGAAGCUUCUGAACCAAAUGAAAUGGUGAUGAAAUGGGAGCCAUUGAAACCCAUGGAGAGGAACGGGCCGGGGCUGGAGUACAAAGUCAGCUGGCGGCAGCGGGGAGUCGAGGCAGACUGGAACGAGGAGACAGUGAAGAAGCAUUCCCUGACCCUGAGAAACACUCCCACCUUUGUGCCUUAUGAGAUCAAAGUCCAAGCAGUAAAUAAUUUAGGAUCUGGUCCGGAACCAAACAUCACCAUCGGGUAUUCGGGAGAGGACGUUCCAGAUGCCGCUCCUUCCGGUGUGUCGGUGGAUGUUGUGAACAGCACACUGGUCAAAGUCUUCUGGUUUGGAAUACCAAGGGACAGAGUUCGUGGACAUUUAAAAGGCUACAAGGUCAGUUGGUGGAAAACAAAAAGCAUGCUGGAUGGAAAAAGGCAUCACCCGGAGAAACACUUCCUAACGUUUGUAGGAGACAGAAACUAUGGGAUGAUUCCCGGUCUAGAGCCCUUCAGUGAAUUCCGCUUGAGUGUUUUGGCUUACAACGCCAAAGGAGAUGGACCAGAAAGCUCCCCCAUUGUGUUUGAAACUCCAGAAGGAGUCCCCGAUCAACCACGAUUCCUAAGGAUCCUGAACUUUGACAAGGACUCCGUCACUCUGUCAUGGGGACUUCCCAAGAAAGCAAACGGCCACCUCACUGGCUACAUUUUGCAAUACCAGAUAAUAAAUGAAACGCACGAAAUCGGACCUCUGAGCGACGUCAGCGUAACCAACCGCUCCACGCUCAGCUGGAGGCUGUCGGGUCUCAGCCCCAGCACCAAGUACAAAUUCUAUGUAAAGGCUUGUACAGUCAAAGGCUGCGGGAAGCCAGUCACAGAAGAAGGACUAACGAUGGCUCAAGGGAGUAAAGGGAGCGGCAAGAUUUCAGAAGCAGUAAAGCCCACCCAAAAGUUUCACCCCAUUGAGGCACUUGAGCCUGGAACUGAAUAUACAGUUCGUCUAGUGACUAAGAAUUGGGUUGAUAACAAUAGCAUUUUUGAAGAUGUAAUUGAGACAAGGGGGAGAGCCUAUGCUGGCAUUUACGAUGGAAUUUCCACCCAGGGGUGGUUUAUUGGACUGAUGUGUGCCAUCGCUUUGCUCACCCUACUGCUGCUAACUAUUUGCUUUGUCAGAAGAAAUAAAGGAGGAAAAUAUUCAGUGAAAGAAAAAGAAGAUUUGCAUCCAGAUCCCGAAGCUCAAUCAAUAAAAGAUGAAAUCUUUGGGGAAUAUAGUGACAGCGAUGAAAAGCCGCUGAAAGGCAGCCUCCAGUCAAUUAACGGGGACAUUAAAGCCACUGAAAGUGCUGAUAGUCUGGUAGAUUAUGGCGAAGGGGAGCAUGGGAUGUUCAAUGAAGACGGUUCAUUUAUUGGAGCUUAUUCUGGAUCUAAGGAAAAAGGAUCAGUCGAAAGCACUGGGAGUUCUACAGCAACUUUUCCUCUCCACGCCUAAAACAUAAGCAAGAAUGAUUCAUGUUUAAUUGUGAUAUUUAUCCUGAUUAGUACUCCACAGUUGCCAUAUGUGAUUGGAAGCAGGUUGCCAAUUGAGCCAGUCAGGAACCUGACAUCCAGGUAAUAUAAAAAUAAGUCACUGCCACUAAAAGAUGAUUCUCCAUCCUAAUUUCUAGGUCUUUUUUUCUAAUUAAAACAAAACAAUUCUUUACUAUACAAAAUGUCCUGCUCAGUCUUACCAAAACCGAAUUUCUCGGUGUUACAUCUGGGUACUAACUGCUCCUCCCUGUGUUUCUUAGGUUUGGAAUAUGUUUCUCUGCAUAGUAUUUUUGUUUUCCUGUAUGGCUGUUGUCACGUCGUACAUACAUUUAUAUGUAAUAUUCCCUCAUGUACCUUGUAGAGGUAAUAGCACAACAGGAAAAUCAAACAAAACCAACAGGGUACUCUGCCAAGUGACAACAAUGCAUCCUACUGAGAAAAAUGAUAAUUUAAAAUACUGGAGAAAUAUAUUCUAUCUAUUGUAUAAUUUUUCAUAAAGAAAUAAACCCCUUUGCUUAUGAUGCGCUAAAAUUAUUUUAGUGGUUACAGCUGACUGCAAUUACCAAUACUUAGAGAUGCAACUUCAUCCACAGAAAAAUUGCUCUUAAAGGACCAGGCUCUGGCCUCGUGGAUGACUCUUCUGUCCAGUAGCUGGCACUAUUUCCUUAAAUAAGUGAAGCUGCAGUAUCUUUCCUGUGGCAAGGCAAAACAGGGUUCCCAUCCACCAUCGUUAGGAAGUGUUUUAAUUUGUUUUCCCGAGUCUCUGCAAGCUGCAUUUCUAAGCAAAAUGCUUCUCGUCUGUCUCAUAUUUGUAUAUUUGUGCGCUAGCAUCCAUUUCACGGAGACGUUGUACAUAUGAUAUUAAUAUUGACACAAGUAAAAAUCAGCCUUGUUUUAUUUUGAAAUGAGACCUGUUGCUAGCAUGAGUCUGUAUAGCUGUGUAGGAAUGAGUAGAAUUGCUUCUCGAUAUGACUUUGGACCAGCAAAACUAGUUUUCAGAAGGAGUUGUGUGUUUACCAGUCAUAGCAGUCUCACAUCUUUCUAGUAUCGCAUAAAAUAGACCUACCUGACUUUCAAGAGACCAUUUAUUUUCAAGCUAUUCGUUGUUAAAUAAACAAAAGCGAAAGCAAAGAGAAAAUAUUGUGGUAUAGUUCCGUUUAUAUUUUGUUUACUGAACGCUGGUUUAAAUCUGGUUCUUUUCUUUGCCUCUCCGACACUAACUCAGCAAAGCUGCACAGCACAUUUUUUUGGUCUUUUUGUAUUGGAAUCUCCUGAAUUUCUUUAAAAGCAUUUGUAUUUUUGAAUAUGCCUGUUUGAGUAGAGUAUCAAUAUGGCUUUGUUUCUUCUUGCGCUUACAAAUAACUGCCACUGCAAUUAUAAUAUUUUUCAAAUAGUUACUGCGGGAGGGAUAGAUCCUAAAAGCCAUUUUGCAUCGUGGUAGUAAUUAGGCAAAUAUACCCACUGCCUCCUUCAUGUUCUCCAUUACUUCAGUGGAAGAAAGAGAGGAAGCAAGAAUUACUCACAUGGUUAGGAGGUUCCAGUAACGGCCACAAUUAAGACCCGUGAGAUGCCCACAGAAAUGCAGGUUCUUCCCAGAAGAAAGGCCAUGGUUCAUACUCACCUUACACUUGGGCUGCUCCCCAGCACUCAGCCAUUUCUGAAAGCAGUAAAAUGGCCUUUGGUGCUCGAUACUUCUGCAUAUCUGUUCCUCUUUUUUAAAAAAAAGUUGUAGCUUGUAAAGGUCUUUCGCACAGCCACUAUUUGGGAAAAGCAAACCCCAAACAGCCAGCCCGACUGAACCCCCCAGUGGUGCUGUGUGUGUGAGUAUAAAAGGGUGAGUAGAAAUCUGCCCUGAGUCACAAACCACCCCACUGCAAUGCAGUGACCCAAGUCAUUCACUUUUUAUUAUUUAUAAAGUUUUAUGGAACUCGAUGAUCUUCAAGGUCCCUUCCAAUCCGAACAUUUUAUCAUUUCCUGUAAUUCACUCAAUCCAAAUGCUGAAAAAGUCUGAAGUAAUUUUCAUUUUUUCAAAAAAAAAAAAAAAAAUCAUUUGAAAAAGAAGGGAGUGAGUAAUUCGGGAACUGUGACAAUUGGCAUCUCAUCAACAUUUCCCACCAGGAUCUUUAUCAGCUGCCUCUUGUCUGCUGCAGCCCAAACGAGAUAAAGUCUAAGAACUGAUGAGGCUUGUGACAGCCUUUGAUGCAAGCUUUGGGCUGGUUUUAAUGUAUUUUCUUUAGGAAUCACCUGCACCAGCACAUGCUUAAGGGCCUUUGAAAUAGGAACAGAAUUGGGGUGUGCUGUCCCCAUCUCCCCAAAGCCUCCCAGUGUGUGAAGGGCUGUACUGGACCCCGGCAGAGAUCUCCCAGACACUGGGCAGAGCAUCCCAAUGGGUGAGGCUGGAUGUGACCCCAGUCUUCUGUUUCCAUGUGUUUUGGGUCGCUGCAGAUCAACUAGACUCAUUGUCCCAGAAAAUGCCUAUGUUAAACAGACACAAAUUUCAGAUCCUAUUAGCGAGUGUCAAAUUAUCGAAUAAUGACUAUAAAUCCCCUGUGCUAUCACUGGCUCUGUUGCUGCUAAGAGAUGUUUAUGACAUUCCUGUGAUGUGUUCCUCAUCUGUGCUGGUGUGAGUGCUUUUUCUAUUAAAAUUUUAAUUCAGAUCCUGAAAUCUUAAUGUUGGUGUUCCACGAUGCCUCGGGGCCUAAAAAUCAUACAGUGACAAAAAGAUGUGCAAUGGAAUUUGUACAGUGCACACUGACUUUUGAGGAAUAUGCCCAAUGAAUAUUAAACAAAUGGCUAAAACUCCUGGGGAAUCUCACUCACCUGAGCUUUUUUUCUCUUUCUCAAUCAUUUAUUUUCCUUUUUUUUCUCUUCCCAUUGGGGUUUUAUUUUCUAUCGUAAGGGUACAACUCAUACAGUGUACCUUGGAAGGUGCAGGACACUGAUGGGAUUUUAGAGAUUUGCUUUCAAAAGUAAACUAACAGAGCACGCUCACAUUUUCCUGAGCAGUUUUUUGUCAUUCUCGCUGCAUUUUUUCUCGGGCAGCCUGUUAGAGGUGAGAGGAAGCAUGGCCAUGUAGGGUGAAUAAAAAUUAUCACCAACUGUAAUGCAGUUUGAAAAUAGUACAUUAAAUAACUAUUAUUUUUUUUUUAAACUCUGGCCAGGAGUGUUUAUUAAAAUUAGUUGAUGGAAAUCUGUGGUGAUUUCAUUAAUUAAUACCUAGCAGGGAAUUUCAGGCUGCCUGCUGGGAGGAAGGAAAUCAGGGAUGGCCAGCCUUAUGAGACAGGGGAUUAUUAAUUAUCCAGUGCCGUGGCUGUUGGCUUGGUCAUGUUGGGUUCUGAUUCACUGUUACGUUUUGCUGGUGGUACAAGUGUGAGGGGGGAGAUGACACUUUCAGAUUUGAUAUCUCAGUCAACCCGGGAUGCAAUUUCAUCCGGCAAGGUGGAAGCAUUGCCCUGGCCCCAGGAAUCCUGGCUUGUGGAUUCAAGCAGCCUCCCCUGGAACAAGGGGGAUGUUUCUCAAAAAGUUGUGUGCAUAAGAUAAAGCAAAUAAAAAAGCAAAAAGACUGUGCAUAAGAUAAAGCAAAUAAAAUCAGCUCCUCCUGAGUAAUGGAGGGAAAAAAGCCCCGUGUGCUAGCUCUUGUGCAAGUGAGCUGUUUGCAUGCACAGAGCAGCCUAGUAUUGAUUUAGGAUGGAUUAUAAUUGACCUAAGUUUUCAUAAAAAAAAAAAAAUAUAUAUAUAUAUAAUUUGCACAAUCAAGAACUUGUAGGAAUGGCCCCAGCUUCAUUCUCUGGCAAAUUUUGGGGACCCAGUCUCAAGAAAUCCUCACACUUGACUCUGCCCUUCAGCAAAGAUAAUUGUUCGGGACUGGUAACGAAGCCCUUCUGGGGCUGGAUCUUUAGGAACAGUAGAAAUAGGAACCAAAUCUGAAAGUGACUUUCCCCUCGGAUAAAGAUGUGAGUGUAUCUAUAAUAAAUUAAAAAGCCUUCUUUGUAACUGAAGUUUUAAUUGUAUCUAAUUAGCAUAUCAUUUCAUGAUUUGUGAUAUUUGUUCUGUUGUGUUACUAUUACACUAGUUUUUAAUGAGUAGCUCUUUUUCUUACUACUUCCACUGACUGAAGGGGUCAGACCGAUGCAUGAGAAGUUUUAAUAAAAGUUUUCAGGCCAAUUUUAUUUUUGAGAUGAAAACAAAUACUAGCACAAUCUUUCUAUAUAAAAAGGUGGGGUUUUUUAACAGUAAUUCCACAUUCAGUUUUGUAAAGCUAGAUUAAAAUUCACUGAUCCUUGUGUGCUUCUGAAAGGAAAUCUCAUCAUAAUUUUUUAUAGUCAUUAUGUUGCAGACGAGUGGUAAAUCUAGAUUAUUUUACGUACCUGUAAGUACGGAUAUAAAGAAGGGAAAUUCUUCAUGGCAAGAGAAUUUCCUUUGUUUGACAGUGGAUCAAGCCCUCAGCUGCAUCUCUGUUAACGUAUAGGAUUUAAAAAUAAGGCAUAUAAACCGGGUUGAGGUACCAGUACAUGUUUACAUUGCAGCUCCAUAUCUUUCAUGUAAAAGUCUCAAGCAAUCUGCACUGAUUUGUUCAGUUUUCAGGCAGGAACCAGUAGGCGGGUUUGAGCCAAAGCGUACUGUCUAGUUUCGUUUUUUAUUAUUAUUACUUUGAACAAGAUACUUUGUAAUUUCACGAGAAAAGAUCAAAGCAAAUGUGGUGUCACCGUUACAAUGUUACUUUUUGAGCUAAAUGUUAGCGUGCAUUUAUUAAAGUUUAGAGAAACGUGUUGUACUGUAGUUGCUGUUUGUAUCAUGCAUAUGUGCAUGUAUGGUUUUACAAGAUAUUUUCAUUUUACAUGAAAUACAACUUUGCUAAUAAAAGUUUGACUUGAUGUAAUCUUCAAAA